AGUUGAGCUCUCAUCUCUUUCCCCACUUCGACGUUACUACUUUUCUCUCUGCCCCUUUGCACUUCCAUCAAUUUCCGGUGGGUGCCGGCUGGUGUUGGUGUGGUGCUCGCUCGCGAAAACAAAAGCACCAUCUCGCCCCCACAGAACAAAAUCCCCAACUCCACACUCCGAUCCCCCGAAACCCUAGCUCCCAAUCCCCGCGGUUCCUCCAGACCACCCGCCCUCGCUAAGAUUCCCUCCGUCUCCGAAGAUGCCUCCGCCCCGCGCGGCCUAGGGCUGCGCUCCGGUGUUGCGCGGCGCUGUGCCCAUGGAGCCGCGCGUUGGCAACAAGUACCGCCUCGGGCGCAAGCUCGGGAGCGGCUCGUUCGGGGAGAUAUACCUCGGUACCAACGUGCAGACCAACGAGGAGGUAGCGAUUAAGCUGGAAAGUGUGAAGACAAAACAUCCUCAGUUAUUGUAUGAGUCAAAGCUGUAUAGGAUACUGCAGGGUGGAACUGGAAUUCCAAACGUCAAGUGGUUUGGUGUUGAGGGUGACUACAAUGUUCUUGUUAUGGACCUCUUGGGGCCAAGCCUUGAAGACCUUUUCAGCUUUUGCAACAGAAAACUGUCCCUGAAGACUGUUUUGAUGCUUGCUGAUCAGAUGAUCAACCGAGUUGAAUAUGUUCAUAUAAAGUCCUUUUUGCACCGAGAUAUUAAGCCAGACAAUUUUCUCAUGGGCCUUGGAAAGAGAGCAAAUCAGGUAUACAUGAUUGAUUUUGGACUGGCAAAGAAAUACAUGGACACUUCAACACACCAGCACAUUCCAUACAGAGAGAACAAAAAUUUGACUGGGACAGCACGAUAUGCGAGUGUAAACACCCAUCUCGGAAUUGAACAAAGCAGGAGGGAUGACUUGGAAUCUCUUGGAUAUGUACUCAUGUACUUCUUAAAAGGAAGCCUUCCAUGGCAGGGCCUAAAAGCUGGGACCAAGAAGCAGAAAUAUGAGAAAAUUAGCGAAAGGAAGAUUGCUACUUCAAUUGAGGCUCUCUGUCGUGGAUACCCCACUGAAUUUGUAUCCUACUUCCACUACUGUCGUUCGCUACGUUUUGAAGAUGUGCCUGACUAUCAGUACCUGAAGAGAUUGUUCAGAGACCUUUUCAUUCGAGAGGGAUUUCAGUUUGAUUAUGUUUUCGACUGGACCAUUCUUAAGUACCAGCAGUCACAGAUGACCAGUGUUCAACCACGUGCUAUAGCUGCAGCAGCAGGUCAAAGCUCUGGGAUGGCUCCAAUUGCAAAUAAUAAUAGACUGUCAGCCACUGAAGAGAGAAGGAGAAGUGGGUGGUCAGAUGAUCCUUUACGACGUCAGGCUCCACCUGCGGGAAUAAAUGCAGGCAGCUUGUCAAAGCAGAAAUCCCCAGUUAGACAAGAGCUGUCCACAUCAAAAGAUGCAGUGUUCCCCAGUUCGACUUUUUUGGGUCGGUCAAGCGGAUCCUUGAGGCGUCCUGCUGUUUCUAGUAGCCGAGAACUGCAAACCAGUGAAGCUGAACCAUCACGCAGUUGUACGCCAGAUGCAAGCCCAGGGGCAUUCCAAAGAAAUGCUCCCGCAAGUAGGACCUCACAGAUGCUUGAUUCCUCGGACCCCAGACAUUCAUCGUCUGGCAGGCUCAUGUCUAACACUAAGAACUACGAGUCCACUUUAAGGGGCAUCAAAGGCCUAAAUUUUGAUGCCAAUGAUAGGAUCCACUACUAGUACCUUCUGGAUCCGUGGACAUGCAUGUAUAAUCUAUGAUCUCUUGAAGUCCAGAUGGGGGAGCAAGGACGUACUUUCCGAGCUACUCUCCUAUGCUGUGUUGGAGCAGUAAGGCCGCCUGCUGAUCCAAAAGCACUGGAGGCUGGUUGGCAAAAUUAAGGGUUUUCUGUGUUCUCGAGUAGCCAUGACCUCAGAAAGGUGCCAUGGCUAUGUUUUAGGCUCUGUACAGGUUUCUGAUUUGUUCUAUUGUGCUUUGAGAUUCUGCUUUAGUAUUUUCCACGUUAUAUCACAUUUCGACCAGUCAGCUGGGUCGUGCAUUGUGUGCUCAUUUCUGAAUGCAAUGUCUGUUUGUGAAAGCUUGGAAAUUGUAAGUAACCUAAGGUGAUUAUUAUUCAAAUAUUUGGGGGAGUCGUGUGCUUGUAGGUUUUGUGCUCUUUGUGUGUCUAAUAAAACGUGGAGCAAAAGGAUGCAAUGCCUA